AUGGCGGACACUUUCCAGUACGGGACACUGGGCGCCGAAGUCGCGGAGAUCCGUCUCCUUCGCGUCAAACCAAGCGACGACAGCAAUGCAGAUCGAGCGAUAAACUAUGAACUGGAAACAACAAUAUUGCCUCGGUAUGGAUUACAGAAGACUCUGGAAUACUAUGCGGACUCAGAUGUGUGGGGCGACGAGUUGCAGAAAACUCCCAUCAGAAUUGACGGAAGGGAGCUUAUGGUUCCUCUCAACACUGCCAAGGCCCUGGAAAGUUUUCAGAGUAUGCUUCCGCAUCUGCACACCGGGCGCGACCAGUCAAAAAUUGUUCGCAUUGGGGUCGACGCCGUCUGUAUCAAUCAGUCAGACCGCGGUGAGCGAGCUGAGCAAGUAUCCAGGAUGAAGGACAUUUACGAAAAGGCUCUGUCCGUCAUAAUUUGGUUAGGUGAUCACGCUUCACCAAACGAAGCGAAAGCGGCCCUCCAAUCUGUGCACAAUAUCUAUGAGAGUUCGAUGCACUGGUAUGGCGGCGCUGUUUUCUCUCUUGCAAAUAGCCGCGACAUCCAGGGUAUGCUGGGAGCUGCUCACCCGCCGAGCGAUGAUCGCUGGCACGAACUCUAUUCUUCUGUUGCACUUUACUUUAGCCUUGACUGA